AUGUACCUUGGAGCUGCUACAGAUAACAAAGCAUCAACUGCCCUUGGAUUUUUCCAUCAGUCAGUGGAGAGACAUGGAUUUCCGUUAAGAGUUCGAGGAGACCAAGGAGUAGAAAAUGUGGAGAUCGCUAGAUGCAUGUUUUCUGUGCGAGGCUACGGAAGGGGAAGUUUCAUGUCAGGAAAAAGUGUGCAUAACCAGCGUAUUGAACGUCUUUGGCGCGACAUAUGGAUGGCUGUAACCAACAUCUUCUAUGAUGUUUUACACACUCUCGAGGAGGAAGGGUUACUAGAUCCAGCCAACAGCCUCCACAUGUUUUGUUGUCAUUAUGUGUUCCUGCCGUGCCUCCAGGCCAGCCUUGAUUCCUUUACUUGUGGAUGGAAUAACCAUCCCCUCCGCACAGAGGGCAAUCGAAGCCCCAACCAAAUGUGGGAAAUCGGGCUGAUUCAAAACCCUGUCGAUGCUCCAGAAACUGAGAAUCCUCAAGAUGAAGACUCUGACCGGGACACGACCAGAAUCCCUGACCAGCCGUCUGGAGGAAUUGUAGUUCCUGCAAUAGAUUGCACAUUAACUGAGGAACUGAAUGCCCAGCUGCAAGCUGUUGUUGACCCAACCUCACAAUCUCAAAACUUUGGCAGGGACAAAUAUUUAGUGGCGUUACAUUUUGUGAUCCUUCAUUCUUAAAUGACAGUGAAAUGUUUACAAUGUA